UCUACCGAUUCAUGAUCUCAGUUUAGUCGUUGGAUCAAAAGCAAAUAUUGGGAAUGCCUUUUACUAGUUUUAAUUAAUUUCUUUCUAUUCAUGAUUUUUCCGUGGUACAAAUGUUACAAAUAUAUUGAACUAUAAUGAACAAAAAAAAGGAUGAAAAGGUUAUUAAAAAGUAUUUAUUGCGGAAAUAUUCUCGCGAGAUUUCUGUUGAACAUCUAAAGUCCCCUAAUUUCGAUUUUUGGUCACAUUCGGAUCCGUGGGUGCUUUUAAACUUGGUAGAAAAAAUGUUUGUAUACUACAAGUUAGUUACCUUUUGCGGUUUAGACUCUAAAACUUUUAAAGAAUUUCUUGGGGAGGUUUACAGAAAUUAUAACUGGAAUCCUUACCACAAUUUCAACCAUGCUUUCUGCGUGACACAAAUGAUGUUUGCUAUUAUUUCUAAGGUGGACUGGUUUACUACUAAAGAGGUAUUUGUCCUUCUAAUUUCUGCCUUCUGCCAUGAUCUAGACCAUCCAGGCACAAACAAUAAGUUUCAGAUUGCCGCAAAUACUCCGCUCUUCAAGGAACAAGGGGGGAUUUCCAUAUUAGAAAAACACCACACGUGCUUGACUAAAAGACUCCUUGAAAAACAGAUGCAACUAUUAAAAAACUUCCAAGCAAAAGAAAAGAAGGAAAUCCUUUGCGAGAUUGAACUUCUUAUUCUUGCCACUGAUAUGGCCUUUCAUAUGGAAUAUUAUAAGUCGUUAAAGGAGAUUGUCGGUUCUUUUGAUCGGAAGAAUAAAGAACACCGGAGGAAGCUUCGAACUGCGCUUAUCAAAGCCUGCGAUAUAUCCAAUGAGGCGCGGCCCUUUCCAGUGUCAAACCAAUGGGCCGAUUGUUUGUUAACAGAAUUUUUUAUGCAGGGAGAUCAAGAGAGCCAUUUGGGCCUACCAGUCACGCCCUGCAUGGACAGGCACGCUGUCGAUAAAGGAAUCUCACAAGCUCAAUUUAUUGAACAGUUUACGCUUCCUUUGUUUGAAACACUGAAUCAGGUUCUUCCGUUGGCCCCCUUUGUGACUAAUAUAAAGCGUAACCUUCAGCUCUAUAGAGAGUUAAAAGAGGAGAUUUGAUUAAAAAAUUAGCAUUGUUGGUGUAUUAAAUUCACAGUGUUAAAACAGUUUGAGGACUAACUGGGAAACGAGUCAAGUUUUGUUCGGUUCACUUAGACUUAGUAAUAGUUACUGAACUAU